AUGACACCGAGGCCGAUCCUCAUUCUGUCCCGCAGCCCGUCAGCGGCCAGCCGGGCAUCUCAGCAGCAGAGAGCGGGUCUGAGGAUCAACACCGAGGAUGGAAAUAUCCCGUAUGAGAUGCCUGGAUCGUUGCUGUCGCUGCCGGGUGGACUUAUAGAGCUGGGCAGAUAG